AUGAGCGGGCGGCUGGCCCCGCUGUGCCUGCUGGCCCUGCUGCUGCCCCCGCUCCGGCCCGCGGCCCCCCUGUCCCCAGCUGAGCCCAUCAGCCAAGCCUACAGCCUGGCGCUGUACAUGCAGAAGAAUACAUCGACGCUACUCCAGACCUACCUCCAGCACCAGGGCAGCCCCUUCAGCGAUCCCGGCUUCUCAGCCCCGGAGCUCCAGCUCAGCAGCCUGCCCCCUGCUGCGGUCUCCUUCAAGGUCUGGCACGCCCUGGAUGACAGGGAGCGGCUGAGCCGGGCCCAGGAGGCCUUCCUGGCCCUGACCCAACACCUGCAGCUCGUGGGCGACGACCAGAGCGACCUGAAUCCUGACAGUCCCAUCCUGCUGGCCCAGCUCAGCGCUGCAAGACUCAGGGCCCAAGGCCUUCUGGGCAACAUGGCUGCCAUCAUGGCCGCCCUGGGGCUGCCUAUACCCAAGGAAGAGGACACUCUUGGACUUGUCCCCUUUGGGGCCUCCGCCUUCGAGAGGAAAUGUCGAGGCUACGUGGUAACCCGGGAAUAUGGUCACUGGACAGACCGGGUUGUGAGGGACUUGGCUCUGCUCAAGGCCAAAUACCCAGCCUAGAGGGGUAGGACUUCCGGUCGGAGGUUUCAGCACUUCCGCUUUCCCUCCCGGCCUUGCCGCAGGGCUAGAGGAGAUGCGCCCGGUGUGGCACGCAGGGCUGUGCACCAUGUCUUUGGGAGUAUCUUCCGGAAGCCGGGCCUGGAUGCCUUGUGCCCCGUGCCCUGCUCCUCCACCUCUCCCUGAUCUGAGUGUCUCCAAGGAGGCCAUUUUGCGGCUCACCAGUCACUGGCUAUCCUGGUGGUGAGGACCUGCCCCUGGCAAGAGGUCUGCUUUCUGCUCUGGGGGUGAGGGUGGGGGAUGGCCAGCCUGCUUCCUGGGCUCCCUUCCCCCCUCCCCAGAGUUCCCUUCCUUUAAUUUGGGGGCUGUGCGGGGCUGACUUCCGGUCUCCAUCUACCUCACUCCUGGGUGCAGCGAGGGCUUCUCCCAACCCAUCUGCCUUCUUCGUGCUACCUCACUGCGGCCACCUUUCCACUUCUGUCCGAAGGGGCUUCACUUCCUGAUCCAUAACCACGUCACACCUGUUUUCUGCUCGGGCCACACGCACUUCCUGUCUGUCCAGGACAGACAGAUGGCAUUCCCACCUUGGGACUCCCGAAUCUGAAUCUGCUUCUUCAGUGCCUUGUGGCUUUGUCUGGGGUCCCAGGCUGCACCCUGGGGAUCCUCCACGCGGUCUCCCCAUUUUUUUGUCUCCCCAUUUUUAACAGCUGCAUGUACAGGUCAUGUUCCUUUUCUUUUCUCUUUUUAAACAUUUUAUUUACAAAAAAACACAUUAAUUUAU